AUGGGGAAACGAUCCAAGAAACUAAAAACACAAGCGGGAGAAGGGCACCGAAGCAUCGGGGAACUCUUCCACAAGCGGCCUAAACCUAAAAUGGCGGCACCGCCUGAAAGCCAGGAUUCCCCGAAGCAACCUAAUCCGCACCCCCACACAAUAACAGGGGAUCGUGGAGCUCCUGCUACCAAAGGGGACAUCAUGGACCUUAUGGUCCACUUGCGGGCCUUCUUUAGGGCAGAUCUGCCGCUAGUGCAGGAGGAGGUGACGGCGGUCACGGAGCAGAUCCGAGCAACAGAGGAAGACAUCACCUCACUCACUCAAACCCAAGCUGGUACCUCAGAGCAAGUCUGCCAAAUCCAUUCCUUGCUCGAAGACGUGCAGAGGAGAUUGAAUGUAAUGGGGGCCGCACGCCGCCGCAAGAACCUCAAAGUACGGGGGGUGGGCAUUACUUCAGGUGCCUAUUUGCGGCCUUACUACCACAUAAACACACUAAACAAGCGCUGA